UAAAAGUGCUUGUGUAUAUUUAACUGUCUCUCUCCUCAUUCAAGUUGCAGGAGUUAUUACAGCUGACUUUCUAUCAGGAUUAUUUCACUGGGGAGCAGAUACCUGGGGAUCUGUGGAGCUACCCAUAGUUGGAAAGGCUUUCAUCAGACCCUUUAGAGAACAUCAUAUUGACCCCACAGCAAUUACCAGGCAUGAUUUUAUAGAGACCAAUGGAGACAACUGCUUUAUGACACUAGUCCCGUUGGCAAACAUGGCAUACAAAUUUGUUUCUUUUUCCCCAGAGGCAUUAUAUGAAACAUGUCCUUGGGAGUGUUAUGUCUUUGCCCUUAUCAUCUUCAUAACCAUGACGAACCAGAUUCACAAGUGGUCUCACACGUACUUUGGUCUUCCACGCUGGGUCAUAUUUCUACAGGACUGGCAUGUUAUCCUGCCACGGAAGCAUCACAGGAUCCAUCAUGUGUCUCCACACGAGACGUACUUCUGCAUUACAACUGGUUGGCUGAACUAUCCGUUAGAGAAGAUAAGAUUCUGGAGGUGUUUGGAGAACAUUAUCCAAGCAGUUACUGGGGAGAAGCCAAGAGCAGAUGACAUGAAAUGGGCUCAGAAAAUUAAAUAACUUUUGCCAGCCUUCUGCAAUCCUUAACUUGUUGCCAAUGUUUGUUUUUUGUUUCUUUUUUUUAAAAAAAGCCAUCAGCCAAAUUCAAGACCUGCAAAGAAAUAACAGACUCUAAAGCACAAACUAAAAAGUGCUAACACAGACUGUAAUGAAAAGAACUAAUUCUUAAAACAAUACUUGAAAUGAAGAUGAUUACUCUUACUGAGCACCUUUUCGUUUAGCCAUGUCUGCUUACAUCUUAGGAAGUGCUUCAUCACUGUGUCUCAUAAGGCUAUCGGGCAAACCAGAAGGCAGGACAGUCACUCCAUUGGUACGUGGUGGCGUAGUAAACAUGUGUUGUAUCAACAUUAUUUAAAUACUUCAAAAAUAGCUUGUUGCCUAAGACCUACAGGGAGAAUGGUGACAGCAGUUUGUCACUUUGUGUUUGAGUCUGAAUACACUGCAUGGAAACAGUGUCAGAGUAAUGGAAGCCUGCGAAGUCAUCACUUUUCAACGCACUUAGUGAUUGAUAAACGUACAGCUCUAUCUUCGCUAUCUUUUUAAAUCUGAUUGAUGUAAUGUGGAACAGACUUCAAGAAUCCCACUCCACUGGUGGGCCACAAAUCCUCAAGUGUCUUCAGUUUCCCUUAAAAUAAAAUUGUUACAGUCUCUGCGUGGAAUUGAGCAAACCGUUCCUGCGGAAGCCUUCAACUUCGCAAGCCUCUGAGGAGGGGGAGAGCACCCAGUACAACACCCUCGCGUUUGUUCACGUGGAGUGCCCACUGAUGAGUCUUCUGUUAAGUGUUUCCUACCCUGACAAUAAAUGUUUAAAAUAGUUCUAGCAUUGGGCACAUUGCAAAUAGCUGUAUUCAAGAGCUCGAGGUAUCAAACUUGUAAUGUUAGAAGGGAAAUGUCGAUGACUGGUGUUUUGUUCUUUUUUUUUUAAGGUGCUUGCUUGUUUCUGUAAAUAAUAUAAAGCCUUAAUCUCUUCUGGUGUAAUGGAAUAAUAUUUUAAUGUGAUGUAUGAAUGUAUAUAAUAUAUUUAUAACAAAGCAGUUGGAUAAUACUAA